AUGGAGGCAAGAGACCAAGGGCACAACAUGAAGCCCCAGCCUCUGAAUAUGGUGCUGGAGAAGCAGAUCCUGGCACUGCAGCAGCAGAUGGCCGAGAACCAGGCUGCUUCCUGGCACAAGCUGAAGAUCUCCCAGGAGGCCCAGCAGAGACAAGCAGUACUUGUGAGAAAGCUGCAAGCCAAAGUACUACAGUACCGGAACUGGUGUCAGGAGCUGGAGAAGAGACUGGAGGACAUGGGGGGACCUAUGCCAAAGAGGUGGGCAAGUACUGAGGAGCCCAGACUGGAGCAGCUGCUGAUCCGGCUGGAGGAAGAGCAUCAGAGGUCUGAAGGUUUGGUGAAAAUGAACACGGAGCUUCAGGAACACCUGGAGGAAGCUGAUGUUGUGAACAAGGCCCUUCAGGAGGAUGUGGGGAAGUUAACAGUGGACUGGAGCCAAGCUCAGGAUGAGCUGGCAAGACGGCAGAGUGACUGGCAAAUGGAGAGGGAGUUCUUCAAGGGCUACCUGAAAGGGGAACAUGGCCGCCUUCUCAGCCUGUGGCGGGAGGUGGUGACCUUCCGACGCCACUUCCUGGAAAUGAAGACAGCCACUGACAGGGAUCUGGCUGAGCUAAAGGCUGAACAAGUGAAGAUUUCUGGUUCCCUCCUGACCAGCUGCCUGCACCUGAGCUUAAAAUUACAGUCCCAGGAAGCUCAGGGGUCAGGGAGACUGGCUGGCAAUGAGCAGGUGCAUCUACAACUAGUAGCCAAAACCCAGGAGUUGGAGAAGGAAAUACACAAAAGAAGCGAAGAACUUAUACUCCUGAAGGCCAGGGGGAACAUGGAGAAGACAGAACUUCAGGAUAGGGUGACUGAACUCUCUGCCUUGCUGGCUCAGAGUAAAAAACAAAAUGAGGAGCAGGAGAAGAUGCUGAAGGCUCUGAAGGACACCAUGGAUAUCCUGGAGACAAAUCGAUCAGAAUUAAUGGAACAUGAGGCAUCUCUCUCCAGAAAUGCUCAGAAAGAGAAGUUGUCUCUACAGCAAGUGAUCAAGGACAUAACCCAGGUAGUGGUAGAUGAUGAAGAUAGUGAAAAUCAAAGUUUUGGACUGGAGAGCUCCCUAGAGAUGGAGUCCAGCAUUUUCUGCCAGCUCCGUUCUGAAGAUCCAGACAAGGCUGUCACACUGGUGCGCUCCAUUCUGGCUAAGAAGCACCACGCAGUGCAGGGCCUGAAGCAGCAGCUUUCAACCUGUCAAGAGGCUGUGAGCUUCUGGCAGCAUCAGCAUACCCAGUGGGAGGAAGAGGGUGAAGCCCUGAGGCAGCGACUCCAGAAGCUCACUGGGGAACGGGAUGUCCUGGCAGGACAGACCCAGGGCCUCCAAGGGGAGGUGGACUCUCUCAACAGAGAUCGAGGGCACCUGGAAAAAGCUAGGGAGGAGCUCCAGCAGCAGCUGGAGGUUCUGGAACAAGAGGCCUGGCGCCUCCGCCGGCUCAACACAGAGCUUCAGCUCCAGGGGGAUUUGGCUCAGGGAGAGAAGGUGGAGCAGGAAGAGGAGCUGCAGCAAGCUGUUCGAGAGAGAGAUUGCCUUCAAGAGACUUUGAAGGGCCUAGAAGCCAGACAGUCUUCAUCACUGAGCGAGCUGAUCUCCUUGAAGGAGGCACUAGAGAAGAGCCAUCUUGAAGGAGAGCUGCUGAAUCAAGAGAGAACAGAGAUGGCAAGAGCUCUGGCCAAGGCAGAACAGUCAAUUGCUGAACUGACAGGAACAGAGAGAUCCCUCAAGGCAGAAGUAGCUGAUCUUCGGGAUGCAGCUGCUAAGCUGAGUGCACUGAAUGAAGCCUUGGCCCUAGAUAAAGUGGGGCUGAACCAACAGCUCUUGCAGUUGGAGCAGGAAAAUCAGUCUGUCUGUGGUAAAGUAGAGGCAUCAGAGAAAGCCCGAAGUGCUGUGCAGAUGGAACUGGAUGAAUCUGAAAGGAGAAAGGAGGCCCUCUCAGAGGAGAAAGCUUACCUUGAAAUUCAGCUGCAGAAAUCUAAAGAUGCUGAGGCAGAGCUUCAGGGGGACCUAAGCAGGGAAAGAGAAGAGAAGAUCGAAACCCAGGAGAAAUUGAAAGAGGCACAACGCCAGUUGGAGGUAGCCACUACAGAAUUGGAACAGCUGCACCAGGAGACAACUCGACAAGAACUCUUGAGAGACAAGGUGAUCCAGGAGAAGGAGGUCUUGAUCCGAGACAAAGCUGCCCUGGAGGUGCACCUGAAGGCUUUGGAGCGGGACCAGCAGGAUCUUUCUGAGCAGCUACUGGAACUCAGCUCAGCCAAGGAACUGUUAGAAACCAACUUGUUUGAGGCUCAGCAGCAGGGCUCUCUGAUGGAAAUUACCAAGGAACAACUGGUGAUGCAGAUUCAAACAGUCACACAAGCCAAGGAGGUGAUCCAAGGGGAAGUAAAGUGCCUUCAGAUGGAACUGGAAGCAGAGCGACAGCAGGCAAAACAGGAGCGGGACACAGCAACCAAACAUCGAGACCAGAUAGAGCAGGAGAGUCAAGCAGCUCUACAGCAGCAACAGGCUACCUAUGAAGAACUUCGCCUGCUGCAGGAGGAGAGGGAGAUGGAUCAAGUCAAGCACAGGCAGGAAUUGGAGGCCAUAUUAGAACGAAUGAAAAGAGAGAAAGUGGACCUGGAGGAGACUUGUGAGAAGAAACUAAGGGAACUGCAGGAGGAGUUGGAAGCUGUCCAGGCACAGAGAAUAAAGGAUCAUGCCCAGGCUGAGAGCAACAGAUGUCAGAUGCAGCUAGAGAUGGAAAAGGAAAGGAUGUCACUACUGGAGACACUCUUGAAGACCCAGAAUGAACUAGCUGAUGCUGGCCAGCAACUGGAGCAGCUGAGGCAGGACAUAAAGGCCCAGAAGUUAAAGGAACAGAAGAAUAUGGAGGACCUUUGGGCCCAACUGCAAGAGGCUCAGAAGACACUGAUGGAGACAAGAAGAAAGCAUCAUGAUGACCUUGCUGCCUUUGAGGAAGAAAAAAGCAUCGUGCUGCAGCAAAGAGAGAACCUGCAGCAGCAGGUGCAAGACUUGAAGGCCCAACUAGUCACAAGUGAAGAUUCAUGUAGGCUGGCAGAGCAUGAGGCCCAGAAGCAGCUACAAGAGGUCCAGCAGUGUACUCGUGUCCGGGAGGAGAGGGAGCAGGAAAAGGCCAGCCUGGUUCAGUCACUAGCAGAGAAGGAACAGAGACUCCUCAUUUUACAAGAGGCUGAUUCAGUCCAACAGCAAGAGCUGAGUUCCUUGCGGCAGAAAGUGAAGGAGGCCCAGGAAGAACAGGAGCAGCUCAGUGCCCAGAUACAGUUUUUAAAGGAAGAAAUGCAGAAAAAAGAAGCUUCUCUUUUGGAUCAAGAAAUACUUUUGGAGAAGUUGGGAGCAUCGAAGAAGACAGAGCAGCAGCUAAGGGCCUCACUGUGGGCACAAGAGGCCAAGGCAGCCCAGCUGCAACUCCAGCUGUGCAGUGUGGAAAGCCAAGUAGGGGCUCUAAUAUUAGAGCAGCAGCAUGGACAUCAGGCACAGGCACAGCUAGUGGGUCUCUACUCCAUUCUGCAACAAGCCUUUGGAAGUGCUAUUGAGAGUCGGCCAGAGCUGAAUGGUGCGGGUGAUGCUUCUCCUCUUUCCUGGAGCCCCAGAACCUUGGAGCCAGGACAAGAGAAUGCAGAGAAUUUCCUUAAAAACCAGAUUGCUCUAACAAACUUUACUACUGAGGGUGUGGCAUCUUUACUUCACAAGCUCCAGCAAGACCUCUGGCAGGCUCGUCACACUCGGGAUGAUAUGAAAUGUCAGGUUGAGAAGUUGGAGCAACGUCUGUCCCAAGCUGAGGCUGAGCGGAACAAGUUUUCUAUGGAAAUUCAAGAGCUUCAGAGAUUGCUUUCCCAGAAUCAAAAAGAGAAACUGAAAUGGGAGGGAGAGCAGAGCUCCUUGGAGACAGAGUUGGCUGCAUUUCAGGAAAGAGUGGCCUCCCUACAGAGCAGUCUGAAGAGUUCUGAGCAGCAAAGGACAGAAGCCCAGAAUGAACGGGAGACGUUGUGGGCAGCCAAUGAAAAUUUGGUAUCAGAGGUGGAACACCUUCAAGCAUCAGUUGCAGCCACCAAGGCACAAGCUAAUGCCAGGGAGGCCCUGGAAGCAGAACUGAGAACAACACAUUCAGCCCUGAGACUGAAGAAUGAAGAAGCAGAGAGGGAGCGGGAGAGAGCAGAGGCCCUGAGGAAAAAGCUGGCCCAAGGGAAGGCCCUAUGGGAAAAUGUUGAUCUCUUGACCAGUACCCUUUCUAAGAGAGAGAAGGAAUUAGAAGCCCUGCAGGGAGUAAUUCAAGAACUGGAGAUGAACCUAGAGAAGAGAAGUCAAGAGCUGGAAUCCCAGCGAGAACAGAUCCAAGAGCUGGAGAAACAGAAAGCUGGGCUAGAACAUCUGCCUGUGGCCCUGGAGGAGAAAAAGAAGCAAAUAAGGACACAGAGAGAGCAGAUUAAAGAGCUUGAGGGGAAGCAAGAAACUCAGGAAAACAUCCUAGAACAUCAAGCUCUGGAUUUACAGAAGAAAACACAAGCAUUGGAGUCCCAGAGAGAACAGAUUCAAGAUCUGGAAAACCAGUUGGUCACUCUGGAACAUCUGAUUUUAGAAGUGAAAAAGAAUCAUCAAGAAAUAGAGUCUCAGAAAAAAAAGAUUGAGGACUUAGAGAAUCAGAAAGAAAUGCAGAGGGUCACUCUGACCCAUCUCACUUUGGACUUGGAGGAGAGGAGUCAAGAAAUACAAUCUCAGAACAAACAGAUUAAAGAGUUAGAAAAGCACAAUGCUCUCCUGAAAGUAAAUCUUGAGGAGAGAUGCCAGGAGAUGAAGUCCUACAGAGACCAGAUGGAAGAGUUAAAGAGACAAAAGGAUCAGCUUACUUGGGACCUAGAGAAAAAAGACCAGGAGUUGGUCCUACAAGAAGAGAAAAUUCUGGUCCUAGAAGAUCAGAGAAUUUUGCAGAACAGAGUAUUAGAGGAAGACCUUGAACAGAUGAAAUUGGCCCUGAGGGAAAAAGAUCAGGAAAUUGAGUCUCAAAGACAGCUCAUGAUAGAACGGGAAGAGGAAGAAAAGGGACAAGCCAAGGCCCAACGCAGCAGCCUGGAGCAUAUGAAGUUGAUCCUGAGGGACAAGGAGAAGGAGGUCGAGUACCAGCGAGAGAGGAUUCACAUGUUCCAACAGUAUGGAGAACAGCGGGAAGAGCAACUGCAGGGCCUGCAGAGAAAGAUUGGGGAAAUGACGCUGCUCUUAACUCAGAAAGAUCAAGAGUUGGAGACCCAGCAACAGCAUAUCAGGAGAGCCCAGGAGAGAGGAGAGUCCAGGGAAAGGGCCCUGCAGGACCAACUGGAGAGGGUGCAGGAGGCCUUGCAGACCAAAGUACAAGACCUGGAAGCCCUCCAGCAGAAGACACGAUUACAACAGGAAAGCCAGGAAGAACAGAUGAGCACUUUGCAAGCAGCCCUGGAACAGGCCAGGGCAGCCCUGGAGGAGCAUGAGGGGGCAAUCAAGGCCCACAAGGAACAGAACCGGAAAGUGCAGCAACAACAAACAGCUGCAGAGCUGCAGGUCCAAGCUUUGGAAGAGCUGCUGGGAGAUCUCAGGGCUGAGUUUCAGGAGCAAGAGAAGGUUCUGGAGACCCUUCGACAGCAGUGUACAGAGCGAGGACAUGAGCAGGAGGCACAGGCCUGGCACCAGCACACAGAGGCCAGGCAGUGGGAAGAGGCUACAGCAGGUCAGGUCCAGGCCCUCAAGGAGGCCCUCAGAGUGGCACAGGCCUCCCUUCAGAAGAAAGACCAGGAGCUCCUCCAGCAAGCAGAACUGAGCCAGCGCUUAGAAGGCAGUGCAGCUGCUUUGCAGGUGGCCUUGGACUCGUGUCAGACUCAGGCCCGGCACCUGGAGGAGGCCCUGAGGGAGCGAGAGGGAGAGAUCAGAGAGCAACAGCUGCAGCACCAAGAAAUGGUCCAGCAACUGCAGCUGGCUCUGGCCCAGAGGGAUGGGGAGCUGAGGCAUCUCAAGGAAAAGGGGCAACAGCAAGAGGCAGCCCUGAACCAGUCAGACAAAGGUGAGGAAGAAGAGAGGAAGGUCCUGAGACAAAAUCUCAAGCAUCUCCAGCUGACCUUGUCCAGAAAGGAGUUCCAGCUGCAGGAGGCCAACUGGAGGCAUGGACAGGAAUCUUACUAUGAAAGCUACAGCCCAAAGAAAAUGGAGGAAGGGGAGGAGGAGGAGGCCUAUGGGACAGGGACGAUGGAGAAGAUGUCCCUGCGUGAGAUAUCGCCUGUGUCCAUAGAGGAGAUCAAGCUGCAGGAAGAGCUUGAGCGAGUGAAGAAUGUCCUGAGGCAAACAGAGGCCCGGGAAAUUGAGUGGCAAGAGAAGGCCCAGGCCUUGGCGUUCUCUCUGGCUGAGAGUGAAGCCAGCAUCUGUAACCUACGUGAGGCAGCCCUAUUCUUACAGGCCAAGGCAGCAGAGCAAAACACAGAACAGCUGCAGCUUCAGGAGCAGUUGCAGUUCACAAGACAAGCUCUAGAGGAUGAACAAUCCCACAGCCGGGGCUCAGCUUGGGGGACAGAGCCAGAGAUCCAGGGAGAUGAGGGUGCAUCCCAAGGAAAGGUGAGUUGUGCUAAGGGGAGACCAGAGGAUGAUGGGUCUUGUACAGAAUUUGAGAAGACACAUCGAUGGCAGCAAAGGCUAAAGUACCUGCUGCAUGCUAUGGCAAGUCUAGAGCAUGAGAGGAACCGGCUUCAGCGACACAACUUCCAGUUAAGGAUCACCUUAGAGCAGGUGGAACGGGAGCGGAGAAAACUGAAGAGGAAUUUUAACCGUAUGGCCCAUACUGCACCUCCCCAGCUUAAGGAAACCACAGCCCUCACACCAGGCCAGAAGAAAGGGGAACAGGAGAAUCCCUCAGAAUUGAGUCAUGUGGCUGAGUUACAGAGGCAGGUGACAGCCCUGCAGACACAGCUGGCACUGGAGCGGCAGCAGAAACAGGACUACAUCUCCCGAUGUGUGCAGACAAGCCGAGAGCUAACAGAUCUACACCACAACCUUUCCAAUUCACUGUGGGCCGUAGCUCGGGCCCCUGAAGCCAACAUCCUGGAGGCAGAGGCCCGAAAGCUAGAUAAAUCACUGACCCAGAGCCUGACAUCUCCCACACCUUCCCCACUCUGCUGCACUCCCAGGUCAGCCCAGGCUACCUCCCGUACCUGAUGAUACAUAAUGGGAAAAGGUUUCAGGCCAGCUUGAGAAGCCUCAGUUGACAUACCUGUGAAGGGCUCAGGCCCCUUCCUGCAAUUAUUUCCUGAAGGUGAAGACCCAAGUUUGCUAGAAAUAUUAGAGCCAGUUGUCCAGUGCCAGAAUCCAAGGCAGGUCUACCAGUACUCUUAGGUAGAGGGGCAAAGCCAUAGAGGGCAGGGUGGCCCCUUCCCUUGAUGCCCUCCCUGAGCAAAUGCUUCCCACAGAAGGGAUGAGCCCUGACUGAUAUGCACUCCCAGGGGUCUAGUAUUUAUUGAAUCCAUCUAUUCCACCUAACCUCUUAUAAUAAAGUUUUCUUUGUUUUC